AUGGCUUGCCCGAGGCCCCUCAGCCAGUGUGACCCCACAUCCCUGCCCCCUGGGCCACCUGCAGGACGCCGGCCCCUGCCCCUCAGCAGACGCCGGAGAGAGAUGAGUAGCAGCAAAGAGCAGCGGUCAGCAGUGUUCGUGAUCCUCUUUGCCCUCAUCACCAUCCUCAUCCUCUACAGCUCCAACAGUGCCAAUGAGGUCUUCCAUUAUGGCUCCCUGCGAGGCCGCACCCGCAGGCCUGUCAACCUCAAGAAAUGGAGCAUCAGCGACGGCUACGUCCCAAUUCUUGGCAACAAGACGCUGCCCUCCCGGUGCCACCAGUGUGUGAUUGUCACCAGCUCUAGCCACCUGCUGGGAACCAAGCUGGGCCCUGAGAUCGAGCGAGCCGAGUGCACAAUCCGCAUGAACGACGCGCCCACCACAGGCUACUCAGCCGACGUAGGCAACAAGACCACAUUCCGUGUAGUAGCCCAUUCCAGCGUAUUCCGUGUGCUGCGGAGGCCCCAGGAAUUCGUCAACCGGACCCCCGAAACUGCGUUCAUCUUUUGGGGCCCCCCAAACAAGAUGCAGAAGCCCCAGGGCAGCCUUGUGCGUGUCAUCCAGCGGGCAGGCCUGGUGUUCCCCAACAUGGAGGCCUAUGCCGUCUCUCCCGGCCGCAUGCGCCAAUUUGACGACCUCUUCCGGGGUGAGACGGGCAAGGACAGCACCGCCCUCACCACCCGGCUCCUCCAGCGGGAAAAGGUGGACAGGAGGGGGCUGCCGCCCUUUUGUUACAGAGCGCUGACUCGGCUCCCCAGACCUCAGCAGGAUGGAAGGAGCCCGCUGCUGCCGCCCGAGCCGGUGGUCACCCUGCCACCCCUCGGGCUCCGAACAGCAGCUGCCGCCGGGCUGUGGCCUCCCCCACCUCCAGGUGGUAGCCGGCCCACGGCAGGCAGCUGA